AUGACAUUAAAAAAUACAAAUGUAAAUCAUCAAUUGAACGUUGUUAUGAUAACCGUUUGUUGACACAAUCAUACCUUGAAAAAAUAUUAUUAAGAUGUGGUAAAUAUUUAAGAGAAUUGUCUGUCUCAGAUAUUUUUAAUUCGAGGAUCAUGCCGUUUGUUGGUGAUCAUUGUAAAAAUUUGACAACCUUGGAAUGUAAAUUUGAUGAUAAUUCCUUAAUUGAUAAUGCUGAUCACUUUGUUCAAGCAUUUACACACUUGGAUAAAUUGAAAUGCAUUAAAAUGUUACUGAACCAUACGACAGAAAAUAAAACAAUGAAUCUAUUUGAAAUAAUUAAUAGUCUUCCAGAAGAAAUUGAUGAAAUUCAUAUAGUUUAUAAACAUUGGUUUUACGAUGAACGAGCAGUUUUUUUCACUUUAAAAAGAUUUAAAAAUCUUAAAAAACUGACUUUACAUAGCCUUUGUUUAGACGAGCUGAUUCUUCAAGAAAUAGCAGAAGCAACAACACUUGUUCAUCUUGACAUUGAACUAUGUAAUACACACAUAGAGUUUCCUCUAUUCAAUAAACUCGUUGAUUUAGAAUAUAUUCGAAUAGAGAUUAAAGGAAAAAAGAAAGAUAACAAAGUCUCUACAAAAGUACUCAACACUAUUUUUUGUAAAUGCAAAAAUCUAAAACAUCUUGAUAUUCCAAAUGAUUUUUAUGAUCUUGCUGAAAUUUCUUUGGCAAAAUGGAAAAACUUAAAAAAUUUAGAAUAUCUUCGUUUAUCUUGUUAUGAAAUACUACCUGACUUAGCAGAUACAAUUGUUAAAUAUUGCAAAAAUUUGAAACACUUGUUCAUGAACCCUAUAUGCCUUGAUAUAAAGGCAAAUGUUGUAAAAAAGUUAACAAAAUUGGAAAAUCUUGAAAGUUUAGAGAUCGAUGAUAGAUACCUCAGGGAGGAAGCAAUAAUCGCAAUUUCAAACAAUUGUAAAAAACUCAAACGUUUAGAACUUGAUGAUUGCACUCUAGUAUCAACAGGUAUUGAUGGUGACGAUUUUUCUUCUCCAUCUGUUUUUAUCGAGUUAUCAAAAUUACAAUAUCUUGAACAUCUAAGCUUGAAUUAUACAGAUAUUAUUGAUGAUAAUACAAUUAUUGCUAUUGCUAAUAAUUGUAAAAACCUAAAAUAUUUAGAUAUCUGUGGUAACAAUGACGAUAUUACCGAAACAGGUUUCGUUGCUUUAACAAAGUUGGAAAAUUUAGAAGUACUAAGAGUAGGUUUUCGUGAUCUUUCAGACAGCUACAUUAUCGGGUUAAAAGGAUUAAAAGAAUUUUAUUGUGGUUAUUGUUGGAAUCUUACUGAUACUGGUAUUAUUGAAUUUAUAAAAAAUAACCCAGAUCUUGAAGAUAUUAAUGUCAAAGGUAUAGAUAAUAUUACAAUGGACUUGGUUAUUGGUGCAGAUCAGGCAACUAAAAAUCGUACAAAUGGUAUAAUUUUACACAUAGAAGUAGAUGAUUCGUCAAUAAUUGAAGCUUCUAAGUCAAUAAUUGAAUCUCAAUGGUUGGUUGUUACUGAUUAGAGCAUCGAUCUAUCCAGAUCUAUCCUUCAAAUUAAUUUAAAUUUAUCGUAUAUCUAUCUCUCUUAUUCAUACGCUUAAUAUUUUUUCAUAACGUAUUCUUAAAAACACAUACAAAAUACGUUACCAAGUCAAAGACAUUGUAA